GACAAGCUUUUUGGUUCAACCAACACGAGAACAAGAAAACGAUACAGGGGUGUUCUGCAGCCUGAAAUAGUCAACAAAUACCCCUCAAGUGUUCUUUGCUCCUGCCAGCAUAGACGCGUUUUCUGGUCGCACCAUGUUUUUUCAAUCGUUCUAGCGUGCCACGUGGAGAAAGUUCGACGCGUUCGCAAACACGACCGAGCUUGCAAUCCUUCCAAACAAAAUCCAAACACACACUUGCGAAACUCCAUCUUCCUACCACAACAUGCAGCUGAGUUGGCCUUACCCGAAGGCUCCUGCAGUCGGCGCCUGGGGCCCCGUGACAUCAAACCACAAUUUCUGUGAAGAGGACUACAUCAUCACGCCGUAUAUUGGCGAGUUCAUCAAUACGCUUACAAAUAUCGUCUAUGUCAUCUAUGGAGCGUAUGGCCUGCGAAGAGUCCAGCCUCAUAAAGAUGGGGGACUGUGGUCUACACUAGCUUUCCCGUACUGGGGGCUUAUCGGUGUGGGACUGCUUUCCAUGUGGUUCCACGCGACGCUGAAGUAUCAUAGUCAGAUGGGCGACGACCUGUCCAUGUUCCUAGCCGUCGGCGCCCUGCUCCAUCAACUACUCUGCUUCGAAGCCACCCCCGCGCAGCGCCGUACCUACACCAUCACCAUCCUGUUUACCCUGAUCCCCAUCUCUAUCUACCAUUGCUGGGCCGACGAGAUCAUCAUGCACCAAGUCGUUUUCGGCGGGAUGGUAUACCUCGUCGUGCGCCGCAUCCGGGCGUUAAUCGCCAGGAAGAUCAAGAGCGAGGAGAGUAAAAGGAAAUUGGGCCGUAUGGCUACGUUAGGGAUUUCAAGCGGCCUCUUCGGCUUUUUCCUCUGGAACAUCGAUUUCCACGCGUGCGGGCACGUGACGGCGUUCAAGCACCGGCUCGGACUCCCUUGGGGCUUCAUCUUCGAGCUUCAUGGCUGGUGGCAUUUCUUCACUGGAAUUUGCGCCUACGUGGGCAUGGCACUUGUCGAGUUUCUGGUUACGAUUGAGGAAGGUAGUGUGGGGAUUGAGGAAGGGUUUGCGUGGCCGGUUAAGAGUGUUAUAAGGGAGAUGGGGGUAAUUGAGAGAAGGGAGGCGGGAAAGGAUAUGUAGAGUGGGAUUGGAGCGUUGGAGUGUGCUGUGUUGGUCAGCGGUCGAGUGAGGGUAAAUUGAGAGAUUGGGUGGUUACAUGCGAACAAGGAUUAACAUAGAGUAUAUAUAGCAUUUAGAGUCGAGACAAUGAUCGACAACUCACAGCGAAGCAACAUCAC